UAGUCACUAUGUCCGAAACGGCGCCUGUUGCAGCUCCUGCUGUCUCUGCUCCUGAAGCAAAAGCCGCCGCUAAAAAACCGAAGAAGACGACAGGCGGCUCAAAAGCCCGCAAGCCUCCAGGUCCCAGCGUGACCGAGCUGAUCACCAAGGCGGUGUCCGCUUCCAAGGAGCGCAAAGGGGUCUCGCUGGCAGCUGUUAAGAAGGCUCUGGCCGCCGGAGGGUACGAUGUGGAGAAAAGCAACAGCCGCAUCAAAGUAGGACUCAAGAGCCUAGUGAGCAAAGGUACGUUGGUGCAGACCAAAGGCACCGGCGCUUCGGGCUCUUUUAAACUCAGCAAGAAACCGGCUGAGACCAAGGAAAAGGCGCCGAAGAAAAAGCCAGCGGCAAAGCCUAAGAAACCAGCUGCCAAGAAACCCGCCAGCGCCGCCAAGAAACCCAAAAAGGCUGCGGUCGCGAAAAAAAGCCCGAAAAAAGUCAAGAAACCAGCAGCUGCCGCGCCCAAGAAAGCGGCCAAGAGCCCGAGAAAGGUUAAAGCGGCUAAGCCCAAAAAGGCAGCUAAGAGCCCGGCUAAGGCCAAAGCGGUGAAACCCAAGGCGGCCAAGCCUAAGCCAACCAAACCUAAAGUAGCAAAGGCGAAGAAGGCAGCGCCCAAGAAGAAGUAAAGAGUCACUUUCUUUUUAGAUGAACCCAACGGCUCUUUUAAGAGCCACCCAUCCCUUUCAAAAACCGAGCUGGGUCACUUACUGUAACGUCAUGCUGCUUUCUAGGGCCAG